AUGAGGCGACUUAUCAGCAUCAUACUUUAUUCCUUUUACAUCCCUUUAUACGCCUUGACAGUGUAUCUUGUCAGGCCUGCUGACUACUACUCUCCUCUCACUGAGAGAGUCAACGAUUUUAUUAUCCCUAACGUCUUGUUUGCUGACAACUGCUCACAUUCAAAUCAUGUCAUCCAUUCUGCUGAUAAAACCUUGUAUAUCUAUCAAGCUACCAAAACAGAAACUCAGGCCUACUUUUACAGCCUUCAUACCAUAAAUUUAGACUAUUGCACCCACAAGUUUGAGAGUAAGCCCCAGCCUAUCAAUGAACUUGAACAUCUCUUCGUGUAUGACGACUAUGACAAGUUUACUCCAAACUACCGUGUCAUCAACUUGCUAGGCGAGGAAAGCGUCUACAUAAAUCUAUCUGAAUAUGAGGGUCUCUACAAGUUGAAAUUUCUUAUAAACCUGUGGAGGCUUUGCGCCGGCUUGCUCAUAUGUCAUGUACUUAGUUUUAUGUUUGUACCUUACUUGGAUUUAUAUGACGGACAUCUCGUGUUUGCAGCUAUUGCUUUCAUUAUUGCUUUGGUCAAAGGAAAUUGGGACCCUCCUGUAAUACCUGACGAACUAGUUCCUGUUGAUGACGAUGGCUCUGAUGGUUCUGAUAAUGGGAAUCAAGGUGAUGGAGAUCAUGGCUGCGAAAAUCAUGGUACUGGAUCAGGCAAGAUAAAAACUGAUCGCAAUACUGAUAGUCAAGGAAGCUCUGGCCAAGGGAUAAGCGCGAGCACUGAAACCAGAGGCACUGCACCUAUUCCCACUACCACAACUGCUACUGGAACUGCUAACACUACUGAAACCUCAUCGACUGAAGGCGCAAUUUCUGGAGCCAAGCCUACUACUGGUGCCGCAUCUACUGGAACUGGCUCAUCUUCAGGACCUAAACCCGUUACUGCUAGCGCGUUCCAAGAGACUAAACCCACCACUGAGGCAAAACCUACCACUCGUAGCACUGAAACUACUGCAAACACGUCUAUUGAAGGUACAUCUCGUGGACCCGAGUCAACUGAGACAGCUGCUGGUACUACUACAGAUACUCCUGCUACAGCUACCCCUGGAACUGAUGUCAAUUCUGUAGCAAGUGCAGGCACCGAUACACAAAAUGGCGAUCAAAGUGGUAGUGCUGAUGUAACUAGUGGCAGCAGUGACACCACUAGUACUGCUACUAGCACACAGACAGACAAUCGAGGAGAUCAGCAUAAAAGUGGGAUUAAUGAUACUACUCGUAGUGAUGACACUAAUCAACGUGGUAAUAACAACAUGUCUGGCGAUGAUACCCAAGAAGGUGAUGAAGAUCAAAAUACACUAUCCAGUCAACCUAGUCCACCUGGUCAUUCCGGUUUCCUUCCACAACCUAGUUCAUCUGUUCAACCUGAUCGUCCUGCUCCCUCAAGCCCGUCUACUCAGCAUGGCUCUUCUGGUUCAUCUGGUCAGCCUGGAGCUUCUGACCCAGAUGCUCGAUAUUCUCAGCCUACCCCAUCAAGUUCACCUGGACAACAUGGUUAUUCUAGCUUGACUGGUCAGCCUGCUCCAUCUGCUCAAUCUGGAACUAUACAGCACUCAGGUCCACCUAAUUUAUCUAGUUCUUCUAGUCCACCUGGACAGUCUGGUUCACCUAAUCGACCUAAUCCCUUCAACCCUUAUACUCCUGCAAGUCCUGUUCAACCAACAGACAGUGGCUCAAGUCCUAUUAAUAAUAGCUCUUCUAGUCCUUUUCUUCCAGGAGCUCCCAUUAUAUGUAAUCAGGGGCAGUUUUUACAACAGUACGUUGGACCAACUGUGCAAGGUCACGCAAGCCCUAGCCAGCCAUCAGAAGGUGCUUGGAGUCCUAGUGAUGAACCUCGAGAUGAUGCUCCUCUUGGCCCUGGAACCCCUACUAUCGGUGAUCAUGGCCAACUUAAGCAAAAGCAGCCUGGGCCAAGUGUGCAAAAUCCUGCAAAUUCUGGAACACUUGGUGAAGGGCAUGGCAACGCUGAAGAGAACAGUAGAUCUGGUAGCGACGAGAGCUGUUAUAAAGAGAGCAGCAAUGACGAAAGUCAAGGACAAAAAAGUUCAGCAUGUGUAGAGCAGCAACAAGAAGAAAGCGCAGAGGACAAAAGAAGGAAGCAGCAAGCAGAGAAAGAGGAAAAAGAGAGACUCUUUCGACUCGAGGUAGAGGCUGGACGAGAAGCAAAGAGACAACGAAGAAUUGAAGCCAAGGAGCAAAAGAAGAAGACAAAGAGGCUAAGAAAAGAAACCAACAGAUCAUCUGGAGGUCAAUCACAACAGCAACACCAGAAGCAAAAACAAGACAAGAAAAAGGCAAAGGGGAAUACUAAAACGAAGGCGUUGGAAGAAGACUACAAAAGUUAUAGCAGUGGCAGCUCCAAUACCAAGGACAAGCAAAAGGCAGACAUUGACUUGGAAAAGCAAGAUCUACAUGAGCGUAAAGGUUUCUAUGACCUCGACUCUGAAGCAAGCGCAAAGAAAUCAACUGAAACCAUGUCAAGCUUAGCAGAUGGGCCAGACUACACAAACUUGAAGCCAAAGAAACCGAGCAAAUCAACUGAAUUUACAUGGAUCAAAUCUUCUUCGUCUGACUCUUUUCAUCGCGCAAACAUGAAUUCUCUAAGCAGAGCUAGAGCUACGACCGCUGCAAAUACGGAAGAUGCUACAGUCUCAACUGCUACUGGUAGACAGAGUGCUUCAUCUGCCUCAUCGUCAAACUCUCAACGUCGUGCACAUCAGCCAAGAGCUUCUACUACUCUUAGACUCCAAGGCUUAUUGCGCCGUGCAGGAUCUUCUGGCUCUGGUAGAAACAACAAGCAACUCCCUAAAAGCUCUCGCAGCUCAUCGUCAUCUAUGCCUCUCCCUCCCACGGUUGCACCUUCACAUGCUUCACAAGGCGACUCUCUAAUGGUUGACAAAGAAAAGGAAGAGGAGGAGAAGUAG